AUGAUACCAUUUGAAUACUCAGUCAUCUCAAUUUUAUUACUAGCAUCGUCAGCGGCGGCCGGCGAAUCGAUUUCCGGAUGCUACGAUUCCAUUGUCAGCUUCGGAGAUUCGCUUGCCGACACCGGAAAUCUGAUCCGGAUCCGGCCGGCCGACGACCCGCCGCACUGUUCCCGAUCGCCCUACGGCCGGACUUACUUCAAUCGCCCCACCGGAAGAUGCUCCGACGGCCGACUUGUUGUCGAUUUCAUCGCUCAGAGUUUGGGGCUGCCGCUGUUGCAACCGUACGUCGGUGGAGAAAACGGCGGCCGGAAUUUCAGCGGAGGAGUGAAUUUCGCAGUGGCCGGAGCUUCAGCUCUUGAUAGUGGCUUUUACGAGGAAAUGGGAAUUCACAAUACAGAGACAAAUGUGUCUCUUGGGACUCAAUUGGAUUGGUUCAAACAUUUUUUUGUUACAAUUCCAGAUGGAAACAAAUUCCUUGAACGAUCUUUGGUUAUUUUGGGAGAGAUCGGAGGCAACGAUUACAAUAAUCCGAUCAUGCAAGGGGCAAAUUUCGAAACGAUCCAAUCAUUAGUUCCACAUGUUAUUGAUUACAUUGGAUACACAAUUCAAGAACUGAUUAAGGUUGGUGCCAGGACAAUAUUAAUCCCUGGGAACUUCCCCAUAGGCUGCUUGCCUGUUUAUCUUACACAGUUCAAGGGAUCAAGUGCCUCUAGCGAUUACGACCCCAAAACCGGGUGUCUCGUUUGGUUAAACGAGCUCUCGAAGCACCACAAUAGUUUGCUCAAACAGGAGCUGAGCCGCAUUCAGGGCCUUCAUCCCCACGUCACCUUAAUCUACGGAAAUAAUUACGAAGCUACAAUGCGCUUCUAUCUCUCCCCAACAGAGUUCGGAUUCACGAAGGGAAUUUUUCGGGCUUGCUGUGGGGGAGGGGGCCCGUACAAUUAUAACAAGUCGGCACUAUGCGGCUUCCCGCCUUCAACGUGUUGUGAGGAACCAGGCUCGUCUGCUAGUUGGGACGGCCUACACUUCACGGAGGCUGCUUAUAGGUUGAUUGCGCAAGGUUUGCUCCACGGACCUUAUACGGUUCCUCAAAUAAGUGCCGUCUGCCCGACAGUAUCUAAUCGAGUUCAAGCAUUUUGA